AUGCAGCCACCUGACUCUACCUGGUACCCUGACACAGGAGCCAUUCAUCACAUGACUGGUAGUUCUUCUAAUCUCCAAAAUCAACAGCCAUAUCAGGGUUCUUACCAAUUUUCUCUUCAAAAUGUCUUUUGUCUAUUCGGCCCCUCUAAAGACGGUCUUUACCCACUUUCCCUCUCCUCUCACUCAUCCACCGUCCCUCGUGCCUUUACCGUCAUGCACUCUCCUGCUUGGCAUCGUCGCCUUGGUCAUUCAUCCCAUCCUAUGCUCUCUCAUCUAGCGCCAUCUUUAGGCUUUAAAUUUUCAAAUGCCUUCUGUAAGGAUUGUGCACUUAGCAAAUCCACCAAACUUCAACUAGGCAUCCACCAACAUUUCUCAUGUCCCCACACUCCCCAACAAAAUGGCCUAGUUGAACGUAAACACAGACAUAUUGCCACCAUGAUACGUACCCUCCUUACCACUUCUCACACUCCCCACAAUCUCUGGGUUGAAGCCGCCCUCACUGCUGUCCAUCUCAUCAACCUCCUACCCACUCCUAAUCUUUAA